GGAUCUCCGGGGACGGACCCCUUCGCCAGGCGCUGCCGGAAAUAGAACUACUGUAAUGGUCCUUCGAAAGUCAUCCAGCUGGGAUUUGAAAGCGGGAGUUCCACAAGGGCAUGGUGGCGGAGCCGGCAGCGGAGGCAGUGAUUGCGACAGUAACAGUAACGGCAGUGGCGCGCGUUCGCCCGGCGGUGCUAGUCCUUUCGCCGUGCAGCAGCACUUUCAGCACCAGGCCCAGUACCAGCAGCAGCAUCAAGCGCAGCAGCAGCCGGAGGAGCAGCACCAAGAACGUCAGGUGUGGAGCCGCACGGGACUCGUUCCCGUCGCAGACAACCCCGACAGCGAACGAGAGAUGAGGCGCCAACUCGAUACAAAAGGGGUUUGUUACGGCAUGCUGUAGGCGCGGUGCUCCAGGCUUGACCGCGGCCGGCCGCGGCCGCGACCGAUAUCACCCAGAAGUACCGGAUCGCGUGAUCUUUCGGUGAUAAGCUGGUAUUCAAGCCGGCAGUACCAACACACGCUCGAUGACGCAAUACUAGUAGGCUGUUGUUAAUGAUUGUUGAGGUACCGCCUUACAUGUCGGCAUUGACAAUAAGUUUUUUUUUGUGCAGGAUAUCUUCCCACAACGCCGGAAACAAGCGGGGAGUUCACGUGCGCGAUGUGCGGGUGUUACUCUGGUCGUAGCAAGGCCUGCGCGUGUACUGUAAUUUCUCACUCUAGUUUCAAUUUUUGUCAUGUGGUUCCUGUUUCUUCAUCGUACGGAGACUGUGUUGCGAUACUCGACGAUUGGAAGUGUCCAUCUCGGAUUGCGUACUUGGUGUAUUGAUUUGCAUGUGCAUUUUUAAUCUUUUAGCCACCAGAAUCGCCUUCGGGACAAGAAUGUUCAUAGUUGUUGCUCGGGCGGGGAAUACAGUAUGAUUAUUAAGCGGUUUGCAGUCCUGCGAGGGCGAAUCCGGCAAGGCCUGGUCGUAGGGAAGAGGCUCUACAAGUAAGUAAGCGGACACCUUGGAGUGGCUAGGCCAGGUAGACGCGUUCUGAUAUCUAUCCUAUGUUGAUAGGCGAG